CUGAGCCACAUCUGUACCAAACCAAACCAAAUAUAGUAAACGAGUUCAUGGUUAGUCAGAGGUGUAGUUGUACAUAUUAUUAUGGUGUUUCGUUUAUGCAAUGUGUAGUUCUGUGCAGUUUGAUGCAAUUCUAUGUGAUUUUACAUGCAAAAGUCAAUAUUGAAUUUAUAGAGUAGCAAAAGUUUUACAAUAAGUUAUAAAUUUAUUUAACUUAAUAUGGCAGAUGUAACAUUGACUAAAGAAGAUUUAUUACAAAAGCACAAAAAAGAACGAAAAGAACUGCAAGCCCAAAUACAAACGUUAAAGAAGUCAAUUUGCAAAGGUGAUAAGAAGAAAAAGAAAGACAUUUCUGAAGAGAUAGGACAUCUAGAAGAAAGUCUAGAAAAACAGCAAGCAGAAGAAUUGAACACAUGGAAAUUGGCUCAUAUUACUCUAACAAGUGAAGAACAAACAGAGCCCAUACAAAUAAUUGAAGAAGUCAAUAAGGACAACAAUUGCACAGAACAGUCUACACAUAGGACAUCUAAGGCACAGAAGAGAAGGGAGAAGAAAGCAAUUGCAGAGAAAGAACGUAAUCAAAGGAUUAUUGAACAAGAAACACUUAAUGUUUUUGGAAAGAGAAAUGUUGAGAUUGAAGCUAUAAAGAAGAUUCUGUCAGAUCGUGACUUAAUAAUUUAUGAAAUUCCUAGUGACGGUCAUUGCUUAUACAAUGCAGUUGCUCACCAACUUAAAAUAAAUGGAGAGACACCUCUUGGCUUACAUGAUCUUAGAACAAAGACUGCUGAUUAUUUGAGAAAAAACAUGAAUGACUUUUUACCAUUUCUCUCCAAUCCCAAUUCUGAUAAUCUCUUAACACCUGAAGAAUAUGAAAAAUACUGCAAUGAUAUAGCUGAAACCAGUGCUUGGGGUGGUGCUGUUGAGUUACAGGUAUUGUCACGUAUACUAAAAUGUCCAAUUGAGGUCAUACAGGCUACAGGAUCUCCAUACAUUGUUGGGGAUGACUACAACAAUGAUAAAAAGAUAACAGUAACUUAUCAUCGUCAUAUGUAUGAGUUGGGUGCUCAUUAUAAUUCUGUUACAAAAUAUGUUCAGAAUGAGGAAAGUUGAUAAAAGUCUAUUUUUAGACUUUGAUUUUGUUUUAUGUUGCAAAUGUGUCUUCAUAUUUUAUCAUUGAAUUGUUCAUGUGUUUCACACAACUUCCAACACAUAUUUUUACCAAUAGAUUAUUUUUUCAUAUUAAAAAAUUGAUAAAUUUCCAGAAGAUAUAAAAAUACUUGUAUUGACAUACAGAAGUAUUCUCUGAAAAGCUGCCAGUAAAAUAUUUUCAAUCUUCCAACGAGAUUUUAUAUUUCUAAUCUUUACAAUUAUUGUGAUGAUCAUUAAUGUUUGUAAGAGAAAUUCUUUAAAUGUAUACAAUAAUUAUUAAAGGAUAAGUAUAUAAAACAGAAAUCCCUCUAAGUUUUUAAAAUUAAAA